GAUGUGCACAGAAAAGAAAUCAUAUGAGUGUCCUGAUUGUGGGAAAUUUUUCAGUGGGAAUUCCAAGUUGGUGAUUCACCAGAGGACUCACACAGGAGAGAAACCCUUUGAAUGUCCUGAUUGUGGGAAAUGUUUCAGUAAGAAUUCCAACAUGGUGAUUCACCAGAAGACUCACACAGGAGAGAAACCCUUUGAAUGUCCCGAUUGUGGGAAAUGUUUCAGUCAGAAUUCCCACCUGGUGGGACACCAGAGGACACAUACAGGUGAGAAACCCUUUCAAUGUUCUGAUUGUGGGAAACGUUUCACUAUAAAAUACCAGCUCAUGAAUCACCAGAGGAGUCACACAGGAGAGAAACCAUUUGAAUGUGUUCUUUGUAGGAAAAGAUUCAGUCAGAAUUAUCAGCUGAUGAUACAUCAGAGAACUCACACAGGAGAGAAACCAUUUGAAUGUGCUCUAUGUGGGAAAAGUUUCAGACAGAAUUCCCAGCUGGUGGUACACCAGAGGACUCAUAUAGGAGAAAAACCGUAUGAGUGUCAGGUUUGUGGGAAAAGUUUCAGUCACAAUUCCAAUUUGGUGAAACACCACAGGACUCAUACAGUAGGGAAAUCAUAUCAGUGUCCAUAUUGUGCUGAAAGUUUCAUUAAAAAAAUUCAGCUCACAAGUCACCAGAGGACACACAAACCCUUUGAAUGCUCUUUCUGUGGGAAAGGUUUCACUCACAAUUGCCGCCUGGUAAUACACCUGAGGACUCACACAGGAGAGAAACCGUUUGAAUGUCCUGUUUGUGGAAAAUGUUUCAUGAACAAUAACUACCUUAUGAUACACCAGAGGACUCACUUAGGAGAAAAACCCUUUGAAUGUCCAGAUUGUGAAAAACGUUUCAGUCACAAAUCCAGCCUGGUGACACACAAAAGAACUCACACAGCAGAGAAACACUUUGAAUGUCCUUAUUAUGAAAAACGUUUCAGUCAAAGUUCCAACCUGGAGAUAAACCAGAGGACUCACACAGGAGGGAAACACUUUGAAUGCCCUGAUUGUGGGAAAAGUUUCAUUAGAAAAUACCAGCUUAUUAGGCACCAGAGGAUACACACAGGAUAUAAACCUUUUGAAUGUCCUGUCUGUGGGAAAGGUUUCAGUCAGACUUCCAGCCUGAUGACACACCAGAGGACUCACACAGGAGAGAAACCAUAUGAGUGUCCUGUUUGUGGCAAAAGUUUCAGUCAGAAUUCUAACAUGGUGACACACCAGAGGACUCACAACGGAGAAAUACCAUAUUAGUGUCUUGUUUGUGGCAAAAGUUUCAGUCAAAAUUCCAAUAUGGUGAUACACCAGAGGACUAACACAGGAGAGAAACUCUUUAAAUGCCCUGAUUAUGGGGAAAGUUUCAUCAGAAAUAUCCGUCUCAUGAGACACCAAAGAAUACACACAGGAGAGAAUCCCUUUGGAUGUCCUGGUGUGGGAAACAUUUCCGUUUCAAUUCACACCUGGUGAAACAGCGGAGGGCUCACAGGGGGGAGACUAUUCAAAUGUCCCGUCUGUGGACAGUACUACAGGCAUAAAUCACUCCUUAUUGCAUACAAGAAAAUCCACAAAAGUUGAUGAGUUUAGAGAGGGGUUGAAUUUCAUUCCUGAUUUCCCAUCAGCAGAAAUUACUGGACAUUUCCUUUUGCAGAAAUUGUGGAAUUCCUCAAAAAAGGCGUUUGGGUGGUGUUUUUUCUAUAUUGAUUAUGAAAUUUCAACAAGUGGAGUUUUCGUUUUCUGCUUUGUUGUCCUCCAGAUUCCAGGACUGGAAAAUCACUGCUGCAGAGAGCAGAUAUACAGAAGUGGGGCUAUUCUAAAUAAUCUAGUUAAAAAUCUUUUUUAAAAACCCCAAAACGUACAAAAAUGCAACCAAGGGGGGAAAAAAUUGAAAGGAGGAAAAAAAACAACUUGGAGAGAAGAAAAAUCUUAGAAAUGUUGGAAAUCAACCAUUUUAUUUGGAUGCAAACUGAUGAGUUCUGCUUGUAGUGUAACCAGACUGCAAUACUUUUGUUCCUUAACACUGACGAUCUUUUUCAGCAUUGAGAAAAUUUUCUUUAUACAUACUGAACUGUUUUCUUCAAUAUUGA